CGCGACUCAGCCUCGUAAACCAAGCUGAAACGGCAACAUUAUUACGAGACCGCAGCGCAACUCAAUCGGCAUUAAAAUAAAGGUUUAUAUCAUCGCUAUAGUAUCAUAAGAGUCGCUGCACUCUCAAUCAGCCGCGAUGGCGCCAGGAACGCGACGCGCCAACAGAUCUGGAUAUGCCGAGCACGACGACUUCGAAGGUCUUCCCGUGCGACAAUGGCGACAAGAAUGGAUAAAUGUUGCGCCGCCACAGCAACAGGAACAGACCCAACAGAAUGAUAUCUGGUCGAUCGAUUUACCUCACGGCAUGCCGAAAGACUCGCAUCUACUUCCAGCCCACAGUCAGGAACUUCUUGCGGCUGCGCGAUCCGGAAGACUUUAUAAACGACCUGCACCAGCUGAGGAGGAAGAGGUCGAUGCCGAUGCAGCUCCUGAGAAGCCAGAGAAGAAGGAAGAGGACACAAGCGCUCGAGGAUUCAGCGUGAAAGUAUGGAAGCAGUUGCCUCGUAAUGUUGAUACACCUGGUACAUCACAUCUCGCGAAACGACAGAAGAACACCGUAACGGUCGCCAGUCGGACAGUGGAAGAGAAGGUUCAAGGACCGACAGUUACUAGGGCGACUGUCAGGAGAAUUGAUGCCGCCGGAAAUCCAUACACGGAAGAGGUUACGCUAUCUGAUGGUCAACAGGUCCAGGGUGAAAUCGUUUCGACACGGAUUGAACAAGCUCCUGUUCCUGGUUCUGAGCCACUUGCUACGACGCCUGUUCCCAACCGACGAAGGCCGCCACCACCGAAGAGAAAGGCCAAGGCUGGUCCUGGCCGAGGAAAGAAGAAAAUCAAAAACCCUCCUGAGGCUGGUGCUCCUGCGGCGGCGCCUGUCGCUGGGGCAGAUGGUGCCGCGUCCGCUGUUCCAACAAAGCCCGAGAACCCUGCAGAAGCUGCCAUUAAGCAAGAACGUGAAGACUCUGCCAAUCAGGAUAGUCCAAUGCCUGAUGCGGAUGACGACGAUGACGAUGACGAUGGUGAUGAUGACGAAGGCGACGAGGCUGAAGAGGGAGAGGCAACACCAGCUGCGGAGAGUCAAGCAAAUGGUGAAAACAACAAGCCACAAGAUCACGAGAUGACAGAUGCCGCUCCCACAGCCGCUACUGAAGCGGCGCUUACUCCACCCCCUGCGCCAGAACCUGCACCAGCGGCUCUUCCAGCUACUCUUGGAAACGACGAGCCCGAUACUAUCAUGCAAACCGACUCAUCUGCGCCUGCGCCUGUGCCUGUGCCACCAAACCCUAUAGGUCUGGCACCUCCGACCACCCUCACACCUGGUGGAUCCAGAAUCGAAGGCAGCCCCCUUAAGAACGUGGUUAUGCCUUCACCAACAAAGGAGGUGGAUCAGGAGCAACUGCUUAAGGCAGCAAUAGACGCGCCUUUUGCGGGAGAUGAAAAGCCCGCGGAGCCUGAGCUGACUGAGGAGAAUCUUGCACAAGCAUCGCUGGAGCCACCCACCAAGGAUGAUGAACCCCAUGGUUCAGCGGAGGAACAGCUCCUGAAGGCGGCUAUAGAUGCUCCUUUCGGGCCAGGACCACAACUAGCAGUCGCAUCUGCAGUUAAACCUGCUGAUUCGACCAUAGCCGAACCUCCCUCUACAGUUGUUGGGGAGGCUCCUGAGGCUGCGACUGAUCGCGAUAUUCCAAUGUUGGAACCAACGGAUAGCGAAGCACUACUGCCUCCCCCACCUGAAGAGGUUGGUAAUAUCGCAACCACGCCUCCUGGAGGCUCUGGAGAGCCAGGCGCUUCUGGCCCCGGCAGUGAAGUCAAGCCUCCAACAGAUAUUCAGGCUGGUGAGGAGGCAGUCUCACAGCGACCGCCUUUGACAACAACUGAGACUGGUUUGACAGAGGAUAGCAUCAAACCUGAUGAUUCAGCCUCCAUCACUGCUCCCAUCUCUGAUAUCACAGAUGUCCCAGCAGUGGCUCCUUCAAUCGUUGAUCCUCCACCUGAACCACCCGCUGAAACCACUGUGCAAGAUACCACAACGGAAGAGACUGCUCAAGAACCUGCUCCAGAGGAGACCAAGGAGCCUACUCCACCUCAACCCGAGAUUAAGGAAGAGUCUGCUCCUCCUGCAGUUGAAGAAAUUCUUCGCGAGGAAUCGCCUAAUCUGCUUUCCAGCUUGAUGGAUAAACUUGAUGAACAACAUGCAGAGAUUGAGAGUAUGAAGCAAAAGGCAUCAGCUGAACCGGCGCCUGAGUUGGUGCCAGAGCCUGUUGCUGAGGUGCCUGAGGAGGCUGUCAUCGAGCCAGCUGCUGAACCCGUCUCUGAGCCCAUCUCUAAGCUAAUUGUUGAGCCUACUGCCGAGCCUGUCCCUGAACCUGCUGCCGAUCCUAUCACUGAGACUGCUCCCGAAUCUACUACUGAGCAUCCUGCGGAAACACUUGCAGACCCCAUUGCGGAACCAGUCACAGAGCCAGCGGCUGAUGUUCCUCCCGAAUCAGCUUUAAUACCCGAAGCACCAGCUGAGCCAGCUGAUGAGCCCAUGGUUACCGAGGAAGUAAAGACUGAAGAGAUCAAGACCGAAGAACCUGCUGUUGAAGCUCCUAUCGUCGAGACUCCUGCUGUCGAUGCCCCAGCUGUUCCUGAACCAUCAGUGGCGGAAGGUGAACAAAACCAACAAGAACCAAAACAGGAAUAGAAUGUUUGAAUAUAUCCAGUAAUAUGCUGGCUGAACGGAAAUAAGGAAGUUUUAGAAGAGCCAAUGGCCGUAUAACUGGUCAAGCAGAAAGAGAUGGAGUUUGUAUAGUAUGAUUUUAGGGGACUUUAUAGUUCUAAUGAAUUCACGGACAACAGGCAAUAAAGCAUAUGGUUCACAUAUACAUAUCAGUACAGCAAUUUUUUUG